AUGCCUCCAUCUCUCUCCCAAUCGUCUGGGUUUUUUCCUCUUUCAAACGCUUUCCCUUCUUCCCAAAAAGGGGUUGAGAUUUCCUCUGUGGAUGCUCCAAAAAUGGUGGAAAAAUCAAAUCUUGAUGAUCUUCCAGAGCCCCUACUCAUGGAGGUUCUCUCAAGGCUCCCUGUGAAGUCCCUCCUGCAGCUCAAGUGUGUGUGCAAGAACUGGUAUGCUCUCAUUCAUAACCCAUUCUUCGUUUCCAUUCACUAUGAGAAUCACUCCAAAGACUCCCAUCUUCUUGUUCAUCGCCAUGAUCCCCACACUGGGGAUUCUGAGUUGUCUUUCCUCCAUUCCUCGUCCCCAAUAAUGCCAAAUCCCCAUCAAGAUUCGGACUUAUUCUCAUGGGAAAUAGUUGGGCCUUCCAAGGGUUUGUUUCUGCUUUACAAUCAUCAAGAAGAAGCCGCGGUUUGGAACCCGGGCACCCGAGAGUUCAGGCUGAUAAUCCGAGGAUCUGGGUUUCCCUAUUCCGAUUCCUUGCGCUUGUUCUCCCAGGCGUUUGGGUUUGGGGCUGAUCCCGUGUCUAACGAGUACAAGGUUGUCCGGGUUAGCGAUUUCUGGGAUAACUCCACGGACAAUUGGCACAAUCCCAUUGUUUCUGUUUACUCUCUGGGCACUGAUUCCUGGAGGCAUUUUGAUUUUGAGGGCUCGUCGAAUUUGAGGGCGAGGAACAUGGUGAAAUCCUGCGGCACAACAUUCUUGGACGGGUGUUUUUACUGGAAAUCGGUUGAUAAUCGCAGGGUGUUUGAGUUUGAUAUGAGGAAAGAGGAGUUCCAAGAGAUUCAAACCCCGGAAUUGUUUAAAUCCAAGCAGGGCGAUUUGGCGUUGUAUGGUGGGUGUGUUGCGAUGUUCUUUCAUGAUUUUGUUGACAAGACGAAGUUGUGUGUUGACAUUUGGGCUAUGGACAGUGGAAAAUGUUGGGGCAUGAAGGUGAGAAUUGGACCUUUUGUGAGCAUUAGAAGGCCACUUGGGUAUGGUGAGAAUGGUGAAAUCUUUCUUGAAAAUGCUUUGUCAAAGAUUGCUGUUGUAGAGGCUGCAGGGUCACAGGAAGCUAAGGUUUUUGGUCCUAUGAAGGGAUUACAAGGUGGAUGCUUGUCGGGUGUGUUUGAUUACAAGGAGAGUCUAGUUUCAAUUAAACCAAACACCACUAAACACCUAUUCUCCAAUUUUUUAGAUUUCUAGAAAACUGGAGAAAAAUUAUGUGAUUGUUUCUAUUGUCAUUUUAAGUUAAUGUUCAUAGAUAUUUAUGUUGUUUUUGCAAAUAAAAACUACAGUCUGAUCAUUUCUAGAUUAUUUUUACAAAAA